AUGGCAUCUUCUGAGAAUCCACCAAACUUUAUUCUAUUUGGCGACUCGCUCACCGAAUGGAGCUUUAGCGAGGCAACAGAGGGCUUCGGGUGGUUUCUCGAGAAGAAAUAUACUGGAAAGGUGAAUAUUGUGAAUGAAGGGUCGUUGAUGGUGCGAUCUAGAUAUACUUCGUCAGCACUAGCAGGUGACUUUGACCGCAUCAUAAGCCGCGCGACCGCGUCCAACGCAUCGCCAACCCUUCUCUUCACGAUCUUCCUCGGCGCAAACGAUGCCUGCAGGUUUGAAGCCAACAUCCGCGCCUUCAUCGAAACCAUCCUGACCCAAGAUGCCAUGUUGAACACGAAAAUCGUAUUGAUUGCGCCGCCGCCAAUUAACAGCCCGGCUUCAUCAAGGGGCAGCAUGACAGAAGAGGAAGUAGAGGAUGCGAACCAAUGGAAGAGAGAAGCACCGAGGUACAAGACGUAUAUGAGUAAAAAGAGAUAUGCAGAGGGUAUUAUGCGGAUUGCGAGUGAGUAUGAGGAGACUGGCAGGGUGGUAGGGCUAGACUUUUGGCAGGCGGUAGUCACCGCAGGAUUGGAGGAACAUGAGCGUUUGAACGGAGAUAAGAAUGCAGAUAGCGACGGGGUUGGAUAUGAUGAAGAGCUACCACCAGGAAGUGGAUUGGUGGGAGCGAAGCAGUUUGGGAAGGGGUGGUUUGCUGAUGGAUUGCAUUUGGAUGUCAAGGGCUACAAGGUGCUGUCCGAAGCGCUGUUUGGACUUAUUACGAGACAGUGGCCGGAGCUAGCGCCAGAACGACUAUAG